AUGCAGCACACCAGGGGCUUAACAACGGUUGUUUCGACUGUCAGUUCUAAUGAAUUUGACACCGAAGACGCCUUUAUCAGAAAUUUGAAUCCAAUUCACUAUUCAAAGAGAGCACAGCAAAUAAACAAUAACCCACGACCAACAUUAAAACAACCUGGUGCCAUCACACCUCCUGUCAUUUGGGGACGAAACAUCCACAGCACUUUGGUUGCUUCGCUUUUCUCCAUUGGCGUGGUGUCACUUGCUCCAUGUCUAGUAGUCUUUUUCUGGAUUGCGCUUGACUGGUUCGAAGGUUCCCUUCUUCACACAGGCUUAAGCUUUCUAUCCAACGACAAACUUGCGUGGGUAGCCUUGUACAGUCCACAAUUCCACCUACCGGAUUUUGUAGCAUAUGUCGCAUGGUUUCUCUUUCAAGCAGGGCUUUACACCUACCUUCCAGGCCCUUUAGGUACAGGUCAAUUAACACCAGCUGGAUAUCAACUUCAGGUUCCUAGUUACACAAAUGGAUUUUCCGCUUGGCUCAUAACCAAUGUGCUCUUCGUCUCUCUCUGCAUCCUUGAUGUCCUUGAUCCAGCUAUCAUAGCAAAACAUUGGUCCGGUCUCCUCCUUUCCGCCAACAUCAUGGGCUUUCUCCUCUCAUUCUUCGCCUAUUUCAAAGCCCACUUCUUCCCAACCCACAGGUCGGACCUGAAGUUAAGUAGCUCUCAUGCUUACGACUUUUACAUGGGCAUCGAAUUCAACCCGCGUUUCGGCAGUACCUGGGACUUCAAACUCUUCACCAAUGGUCGUCCUGGAAUCGUCGCAUGGACGCUCAUCGACCUCAGCUUCAUCGCUUGGCAAUAUCAAACCCACGGGUACGUCAGCAAUUCGAUCGUGAUCGCCACAAUACUACACGCCAUUUAUGUGAUCGAUUUCUUCGUUAACGAGGAUUGGUAUCUUCGCACUCUCGACAUUGCCCACGAUCACUUUGGUUAUUAUUUAGCAUGGGGCUCUCUGGUGUGGUUGCCAUCUAUGUACACUCUACAAACACAAUACUUGGCUCGGUAUCCGAUGGACCUUUCUUGGCCUGUCGCUGCUGCAAUUCUUGGUGUUGGUGUGGCAGGUUACAUUAUUUUCAGAAGCGUGAAUUGGCAGAAAGAUGUGGUGAGGAGAACUAAUGGGGAAUGUCUUAUUUGGGGGAAAAAAGCUGAGGUCUUGGUUUUUGAUUAUGUGACGCAAGAUGGUGGGAAACACAAGAGUCUGUUGUUAUGUAGCGGUUGGUGGGGGCUCUCGCGCCAUGCGAACUAUCUUGGGGACCUCAUCCUUUCGUAUAGUAUGUGUGCGACCUGUGGGUUGAAGCACAUUCUACCUUGGUUUUAUGCCAUCUUCAUGACGAUCUUGUUACUGCAUCGAUGCCACAGGGAUGAGCAAAGAUGCGCUGUGAAGUAUGGGCAGCAGUGGGAGAAAUACGUUGCAAGAGUUCCUUGGAAGUUGCUUCCAGGCGUGUACUGACUGACAAU